CAUUUUUUUUUAUCCUAGGUCAUCGUCUUCUGCGGAGGGGAGCUGCUACACUGGCACAGGAACUGUGCAGCUGCAACAAGCUGCGAAAGCCACCCCAAGCUUGGACGCUCUCGUGAUGGUCCCUUUCUCAGAGCACGGCCAGUGGAAUAUGAACAAGGUGCAGCAACACCACCAUGCGAGCAGCAACAUUUGAAGUGGCAAGAGCCUGAAGGAGAACAUCAUUAUGUCUAUACUGCAUCUCUGCGGUGCUUAUCCUGCAAACAUCACAUAGGUGACACUUGCAGAUGCCAGACAUCAGUUUGAAGUCAACACCAUUAAUAUAGGACUCUGUCAAGCGGCAGGCUGAGAUUUGACGUGACCUCCCCUGCAUCUGUCACUCUGCUAAGGGGUAGAUAACGCCAGCUGCUCACGGUUAUCAGCCAUGUUCUUAAGGGACCGGCUUGCCACUACACAUAAACUGAGUGAGAUUAUGAAGACAAGCUCGGAAACGCACACCCCGAGACUCUCCAACACCAGAUGAUGAAGGACCUGGAGGCUGGGGAGAAGAUGAACAGCGAAGCGCUCUGGCUCUUCAAGCAACUGAACCUCCACCUGGAACAGGAGGGGCGGUUUCAGCCCCGCGAGAAGGGGCUCAGCCUCAUCGAGUGCGCGGCCGAGAAUGAAAAUACUUUGUGCCCGAGACUAAGGAAUGUCAAGGUGGAAGAUCUUUGGAGUCUGACCAACUUCUUCGGUUUUGCAACUGAAACAUUUGUUUUGGCUGUUAAUAUUCUGGACAGAUUCCUGGCUCUAAUGAAGGUGAAACCAAAGCAUUUAUCUUGCAUUGGAGUCUGUUGUUUCCAACUGGCUGCCCGAGUAGUUGAAGAAGAAUGCAUUAUUCCUUCUGCUCACGAGAUCAUCCGGAUCAGCCAAUGUAAAUGCACUGUGUCCGACCUGAAACGGAUGGAAAACAUAAUUUCAGAGAAGUUGCACUUUGAAUUUAAAGCUACUACUGCCUUAACCUUCUUGCACUUGUACCAUGCUAUUGUACUGUGUCAUACCUCAGAUAGGAAAGAAGUAUUGAAUCUCGACAAAUUGGAAGCACAGUUAAAAGCUUGCAAUUGUCGCCUUGUCUUCUCUAAAGCAAAACCAUCUGUCUUGGCCUUGUGCCUUCUCACUCUCGAAGUUCAGACUUUGAAAUCUGUUGAGAUGUUUGAGAUCCUUCUGCGUGUUCAAAAGCAUUCAAAGAUAAGCGAUAGUGACCUACUUUACUGGAGGGAACUGGUCUCGAAAUGCCUAGCAGAUUAUUCGUCUCCUGAAUGUUGCAAGCCAGACCAUAAAAAGCUGGUUUGGAUUGUCUCAAGACGUACAGCCCAGAAUCUGCAAAACAGUUACUACAGUGUUCCCGAGUUGCCAACGAUACCAGAGGGUGGAUGCUUCAAUGAAAGCGAGAGUGAAGACUCCUGUGAAGAUAUGAGCAGCGGAGAAGAAAGCCUUAGCAGUUCUCCUCCGAGUGAUCUGGAAGGCGCCUUCUUCUUUGACCUCAAACCUAAAGCGAAGUGGCAAACCCUUAACUCUGAAUCUUAGCAUUAAUGCUUGAUAGUUCUAGGUUAGGAAUUUGAAUGCACCAUAAUGUUUUGGCAAUAAUAAAUGGGGAGGUAAUUCUCUAUAUACUGUCUGUAUUAAGGCAAGAGUGGCCAUGGUUUAUCCAAAUGCUUGGAAUGCCUGCCUUGUGUUGUUCUGACCUUCUGAGGAGAAGCUUCCCUUCAGGUCCCAGCUCAGCAAAAAGCUUUGUGUGUAGUUGUGCUGUCAACAAGGACAAGUGCUGCAGAGUCCUGCACAGUUGCAGUUUGGGGAGCAAGGUCAAAUGCGUUGUGCACUUGGGGUCUUCAUGCUCAGCUGCUAAAUGGACGUCAGCACUGUUGUCUCUGUAGCAGUUGAGGCUGACAAGAUACUGGGUUGGAUUAGCAAGAGGCUAGCCAGUAAUUUGAGCAAGGAGGGUUUUUCCUUUUGCUUGACAUCUGUUAUGUCUCCUCUGGACUUCUGUGUGCAGCUUUGGGCCUGCAGGAUAGGGGAAAAAAAAGAUACUGAUAAACUCGAUCAUGUCCAGGAGGGAUCUGUUAAGGGAUUUGAGGCGCAGGACCUGUUAGGGACUUGGGUUUAUUCAACCUGACAAAAAAAGGGCCUUAGGGUGGGAGUAAUGGCAGGGUGUUGAGUAGCAGCUGUUCAGUAUCUUAAGAGGAGGUUAUUAAAGCUGAAUUCCAAGUUCUUAAGAGAAAUGAGUGGUGCUAGUGUGACAGAUGGUACUUGUAAAGUGAAGCAGGAGAUUCCUGAUUAAGGGAAGAACUUCUGUGGAACACGGGUCCAGAGGGGCUGUGCAUUCCCUGUCCCGGGAGUGAGAAAACCAGGAGCAAACUGAACUGAGCUUAGGAUUGACCCUGCUUUGAGGAUUGGACUAGAGACCUCCUAAGGUCCCCUCCACCCUGAAGGAUUCUUUGCUCUUGACUUGGGUGAGUGAAUAGUAUGGGGAUGAUGAGCAUACACUGAAGUACCGUGCCGAAGUGAUGCUUACUGUCAAAUGGGCCUUUCUUGAAUACCAAAACUGCUUUUACACUUAUUUUUAUGCUGUGCUAAUUUUGGGAAGGAGUCUCUUAGUGGGUCUUGUUUUGUACUCCAAGGGCAUUUUUAAAAGCUUUUUUCAUAAACUUCAGGAAUCCCUGUUUUCAAGUAUGAAUAUCCCUGGUAAGAGUAUAAACCUAGUAAGAAUGGAGGUUUUUGUGUUUUUCAAUAUCAGUCUGUUCCUACAAGGAUACUGUCAAGUGUGUGAUGGGGCUUAAUUUCAUAUUUUCUUUCAGCUAAUGAAAACUAUCUUACACUGAAGAUGAAGCUUAUACUUUGCCUUGUAUACUUCAGUGGGUUUAAACUGUUAGUGUUAACAUGUCAAUCCAUUGUAUUAGAAUAGGCCUAUUAACAUAAAUUUUGGUAAGUCUACAUUCCUUUUAAUAUUUAACCGCUGUAGCUGAUUUGAGUAUGUUCAUGUUAUUGAUUGAGUCAUAAUCAGACUUGUUUGCAUGCUUAUGUAAAGCAGUUAGUACAGGAAAAGUUGAUAUUAUGCAGUAAUAUCAGGUAAAUGUGAUGUUGAUGAAGUAGUUGAUGUCAUGUUUUUUGCUGAUGUUUUUAUUGAAGCACAUAAACUUGAGUAUGAUUGCGUUUCUCCAUAUUGAAAAUAUGGCUAGGUAGCAAGUGAAGAAAUUCACUGAGAAUAAAGGU